AUGUCAUUUUGGUGGUUAAAUCCAUUGAUGAAAAGGGGUAGGAAGAAAACUUUGAAGGAUGAAGAUAUACCCAAGUUGCGUGAGGCAGAACGAGCAGAAAAUUGUUAUUUUCCGUUUUUAGAGCAACUUAACAAACAGAAACAAAAGGACCCUUCUUCCAAAACUUCAAUUCUAAAGGCAAUAAUUUUAUGCCAUUGGAAAGAAAUUUUAUUUUCUGGGUUCCUUGCUUUGUUAUAUGUUCUCACACUAUCUACAGGUCCUCUACUUCUGAAUGCCUUCAUAUUGGCUGCUGAGAGAAAAGAAAGUUUUAUGUAUGAAGGUUACGUUUUGGCAAUAUCAUUUUUCUUUUUAAAAUGCAUACAAUCCAUGUCAGAAAGGCAUUGGUACUUCCGAAGCAGGCUUAUUGGACUGAAAGUGAGGUCAUUGCUCAUAGCAGCCAUCUAUAAUAAGCAACUGAGAUUAUCCAAUUCGGCUAGGUUGAUUCACUCAGGUGGUGAGAUAAUGAACUAUGUUACAAUGGACGCUUAUAGGAUUGGAGAAUUUCCAUAUUGGCUCCAUCAGACUUGGACAACAUGCCUCCAGCUAUGUAUUGCUAUAGUAAUCCUUUUCCAUGCAGUGGGGCGAGCAACAAUUGCAGCAAUGUUGGUGAUAAUUCUCACCAUGAUUUGCAAUAUUCCACUUGCAAAGCUACAGCAUAAGUUUCAGUCUAAGCUAAUGGUGGCACAAGACGAGAGAUUGAAGGCUUGUUCAGAAGCUCUAGUGAACAUGAAGGUUCUGAAACUGUAUGCUUGGGAAAAUAAUUUCAAGAAUGUUAUAGAAUAUUUAAGGAAGGUGGAGUACAAAUGGUUACGUAAAGUGCAGUUAGAGAAAGCAUAUCAUAGCCUUCUCUUUUGGUCCACUCCAGUUUUGGUCUCUUGUGCUACAUUUGGAGCAUGCUAUUUCCUCAGGAUUCCUCUUCAUGCAAAUAACGUUUUCACCUUUGUAGCAACUUUUCGCCUUGUUCAGGAGCCAAUUGCAUUGUUUCCUGAUGUUCUUGGAGUGGUCAUUCAAGCAAAGGUUGCAUUUGCACGUAUUGUAAAAUUCCUUGAGGCACCAGAGCUGCAAAAUUCACAUGUCCAGCAAAUUUGCAACAUGGAGAGUGUGGAUCAUUCCAUUUUUAUUAACUCAGCAGAAUUUUCAUGGGAAGAGAAUUUAUCGAAGCCCACCCUGAGAGACUUAAAUUUGGAGGUUAGACUUGGCGAAAAGGUGGCUGUAUGUGGAGAAGUUGGCUCAGGCAAGUCAACUCUUCUAGCAGCAAUUCUUGGAGAAGUUCCAAAGAUUCAGGGAACCGUGAGUUUCUACCUAUAUGGAAAGAUUUCCUAUGUUUCUCAAACAGCAUGGAUUCAAAGUGGGACAAUACAGGAUAAUAUUUUAUUUGGGUCUGCUAUGGAUAGUGAAAGAUACAAAGAAACACUGGAGAGGUGCUCAUUGGUUAAGGACCUUGAGUUGCUUCCUUUUGGUGAUCUCACUGAAAUAGGAGAGAGAGGUGUUAAUUUGAGUGGUGGUCAGAAGCAACGUAUUCAACUUGCCCGUGCUCUCUAUCAGGAUGCUGAUGUAUUUCUCUUAGAUGAUCCAUUCAGUGCUUUGGAUGCACAAACUGCAAUGAGCAUAUUUAAUGAAUAUGUUAUGGGAGCACUAUCCAAGAAGACUGUCUUACUUGUGACCCAUCAAGUUGAUUUCCUGCCUGAAUUCAAUUCUGUUUUGUUGAUGUCAGAUGGAAAAAUCCUGCAAGAAGCUACUUAUAAUCAGUUGUUGGCCUCCAACAAAGAAUUUCAGGACCUUGUUAAUGCACAUAAAGAGACGGCAGGUUCUGAAAGGCUUACAGUUGUCAGUUCUACCAGUAGACGAGGAACAUCGUCUAGAGAGAUUGAGAACAUUUAUGUUGAGAAGGAAUUACAAGCAAACGAAGUUGAUGGAUUGAUUAAGCAAGAAGAGAGAGAGAUAGGAGACACGGGCUUCAAACCUUAUAAACAAUAUCUGAAUCAGAACAAAGGGUUCUUGUACUUCUUCAUAGCCUGCCUCUCACAGCUUAUAUUCGUGGUCAGUCAGAUAUUGCAGAACUCAUGGAUGGCUGCCAAUGUUGAUAAUCCCCGUGUCAGCACAUUGCGAUUAGUCAGAGUUUAUUUGUUGAUUGGAUUGGCCCCAAUACUGUUUAUAUUAUGUAGAACUCUUUCUACAGUUGCUUUGGGUCUUAAAUCUUCUAAAUCCUUGUUUUCACAGCUAUUAGACUCCCUUUUUCGUGCACCCAUGUCUUUCUAUGACUCCACACCUCUGGGUAGAAUUCUUAGUCGGGUUUCUUCUGAUCUGAGUAUCAUAGAUCUUGAUGUCCCAUUCAACCUUAUUUUUUCUAUUUCGGGUGCCAUUAAUGCGUAUGCUACUCUUGUAGUACUAGCCAUUGUCACCUGGCAGGACUUGAUUAUCACUAUACCAAUGCUUUAUCUUUCAAUUAGCUUGCAGAGAUACUACUUUGCCUCUGCAAAAGAAUUGAUGCGGAUCAAUGGAACGGCCAAGUCCUUAGUGGCCAACCAUCUGGCUGAGUCUGCAGCAGGAGCCAUGACGAUAAGAGCUUUUGAGAAGGAAGACCUGUUCUUCAAAAAGAAUCUUGGCCUCAUUGAUACAAAUGCUAGUCCUUUUUUCCACUGUUUUUCAGCAAAUGAGUGGUUGGUUCAAUGGAUAGAAAUAGUCUGUGCGACAGUUCUUGCCUCUGCAGCACUUUGCAUGGUUUUGCUUCCUCAUCGGACUUUUAGCUCUGGAUUCAUUGGAAUGGCACUUUCUUAUGGUCUUUCCUUAAACAUGAUGCUUGUCCGUUCAAUUCAAAAGCAGUGCACUAUGGCAGAUAACAUCAUUUCUGUGGAAAGGCUAAACCAGUACAUGCAUAUUCCCAGUGAAGCACCUGAAGUAAUAGAAGGGAACCGCCCCACAACUAAUUGGCCAGCUGUUGGUAAAGUGGAGAUACAAGAUUUGCAGGUCAGAUAUAGGCCCAAUGCACCACUUGUUCUUUGUGGGAUAAGUUGCACUUUUGAAGGAGGGCAAAAGAUUGGUAUUGUUGGUAGAACUGGCAGUGGGAAAACUACUCUAAUAGGUGCUCUUUUUCGUCUGGUGGAGCCAGCUGGAGGGAAGAUUUUAGUUGAUGGCAUUGACAUCUCUACAAUUGGACUUCAUGAUUUGAGGUCACGUUUUGGAAUAAUACCUCAAGAUCCUACUCUUUUUAAUGGAACUAUGAGAUUCAAUUUGGAUCCCAUGUCUCAACAUUCUGACCAAGAAAUAUGGGAGGUUCUUGGAAAGUGCCAUUUACAAGAGGCACUUCAAGAGAAUGGAAAGGGCCUAGACUCCUUAGUUGCGGAAUCUGGAUCGAAUUGGAGCAUGGGGCAGCGGCAAAUUUUCUGUUUAGGCCGUGCACUUCUGAGGAGAAGUAAGAUAUUGGUGCUUGAUGAAGCAACUGCAUCAAUUGAUAAUGCAACUGAUAUGAUUCUGCAGAAAACUAUUCGUGCUGAAUUUGCAGAUUUUACUGUGAUCACUGUAGCUCACAGGAUACCCACAGUGAUGGAUUGCACGAUGGUUCUUGGUAUUAGUGAUGGAAAAUUAGUGGAGUAUGAUGAACCAAUGAAGUUAAUAAACAAAGAAGGUUCCCUGUUUGGACAGCUUGUUGAGGAAUACUGGUCUAAUCUUCAGUCAGCAGAAUCACAUUGAAUAUAACAAAAAUUUCUUAAGUAGCCUUUUAUUGGCUCUGGCUUGGUGUUGUGCAAGCAAUGUAAAGAAAAGAAGUAUAUUUAGUAUAAAUAAUAUCAAAUUUUAUUUUUAG